CCCAUCUCCCCUCUCUAUUCGACACGCCUCCUCAUCCCACUACCUUGUAACGCUUGGAAGUUAUGCCAAAAUCAAUUACGAGUGGCGUUGCGAAGCUUUCGCUCGAGCAAUCGAAACGAACGAAAAAGAAGACGACUCGCGAGGAGCGUCGUCAGAAGCGCCUCUUAUAUGAAGAGUGGGUGUACGGGUUCCAUUUGAAGAAUAAGCACCUCCGCAUGGCUGCCGAGAAAUACAAGCUUCGCUGGCAGACACGGCCUGGACCCACCAUGCUUAAGCUCAUCAGCUAUUUCGAACGAGCUUCAGGAGUCGACUUUUCGUGCAGUCCCGUGGUCUAUCGGGAUAGACCCGGCCUUAUAAUCACAUUCGUCAAAGACGAUGGUCGGAAAAGGUUAGAGAAGAACACGUUUUCGCACGAGGACAUGGAUAAAGUACGCGAGAUCAUUGGGCGUCCAACUGGGACCAAGCCAAAGUGGUUUGACGUUUCGGGUGAUGACAUAGACGGUGAACUCAGUAGCGAGGAUGAACAAUUUCCGGACACGGGCUUUCGGCCAAAUGAGUUGAAACCCAGCUGGCCCUGCAAUGACACCCAGGAGAGUACCAAUAUACAGGAUGAGUAUGACUCGUCUGGGUUGGGCUUUGAUGAUGCCCCAGAAAGUAAUUUGGACGAUACUUCCGAUGAAUACCUGAGCUCGGAAGAAGAAUAAAUGCAUUUUUAUUAAAUGCAUUUAGAGUCCUUUCCUCCUUUCCUUUCUUCUCUACCCCCUAUCCCUUUCAUUUUACUUUUGUGUCCUU